AUGUUCUGCUGCACUGUCUACCUGCAUACUACGCCGGGCGGCCCUGUCAAUGCGAGCUGUCCGCUUCCGUUCGUUUGCGUCAGCGAGUCAGCCACACGAUUACGAUAUCUCGACAACCCGUCCACCUCUACGACGAAUCAGGCCUGCGACGACGCCCAGCACGCAAUUCACGACGCCUCGAACACCGCCUUGCUCUGCCGCCCGUUGCGAUUGCACCCUUGCGCCUCGCAUUCCAUCGGUCAUCUGCCUGUCAAGCGCGAUUCGCCGUGGCGACGGAAAAGACAAAGAACGAGACGACUGCAAGCCCGAGACGCUUUCGAAGCUCGCCCGCCGUGCGCUCCCGCCGUCCUCGUUCCGUCCGCCCGCACGAGGCAGGCUGCUGGAGGUAGCUGUGAUCUUGGCGUGGCGUCUGCCAUGUGGCGAGACCGUACCAACCUCUACAUCUCCUACCGCCAGUCCUACGCACACCACCCGAAGAAGCGGACGCGGUACUAUGGCGGGCUCACCGGCGACUCCGUGGGCGCGGCCGCCAGCAGCGCUCUCGACGAAGACCGGCGCGGCCUGCUCUCGGGUCCCGAUCCGUUCUACGACCAUGCCGACGAGACGAUUAACGCGGCCGGUGACGCCGUGAUCGAGAUGGACCUGCUCCCGCCGCGCUGGGCUGAUAUCUCGGACGAGGUGACCGAGAUCCUCGGCGACGUCGCCCGUCAGAGCCAACAGCUCGACCGGCUGCACCAGAAACACGUGCUGCCCGGCUUCAACGAGGACGAGGCGGCCAAGCGGGCCGAGGAGGGCGAGAUCGAACGUCUGACCCAGGCCAUCACGCGCGGCUUCCACGACUGCCACCGCUGCAUCCAGCGCAUCGACCAGAUGGUGCGCGAGUCCAAGGGCCAGGGCAGCCUGUCGCGGGCCGACGAGACCAUGGCCAAGAACGUGCAGAUCUCACUGGCCACGCGGAUCCAGGAGGCCAGUGCCACCUUUCGCAAGAAGCAGAGCACGUAUUUGAGGAAACUCAAAGGCGUCUCCGGAGGUCCCGCAUUGGCCAUGGCCGGAAUCAGCUCCAACUACGCUGCCGACCCGUCACUCCUCGAGUCCGACGCCGACCGGUCCUUCUCGCAGCUAGCACUGCAGGAAGCCUCGUCUUCGCAGCCGCAGCAGCGCCAGCAGCAAAUACAGAAAAUGCAACGCCAGUCCAACGAUGCCGUCAUCGCACAGCGCGAGCGUGAGAUCGGCGACAUCGCCCAGGGCAUCAUCGACCUGGCCGACCUGUUCCGGGACCUGCAGACCAUGGUCAUCGACCAGGGCACGAUGCUGGACCGCAUCGACUACAACGUCGAGCGCAUGAACACCGACGUCAAGGCGGCCGACCGCGAGCUCGUCGUGGCCUCGGGCUACCAGCGCAAGACCACCAAGCGCAAGAUCAUGCUGCUGCUGCUGCUCAUCAUCGUCGGGCUCUUCAUCCUGCUGCUGAUCAAGCCAAAGCGGCAUAGAGGCGGCGGCGGUGAUGGUGGUGGCUCUGAAGCUGCUAAACAAGUGCCUGGAAAUGUCGACAGCGGCGGCGAAGAAGCAGAGCAAGACUCCCCUUUCCUAAUGUCGUUCUUGUCAUAG